AUGUCUAAGAAAUGGAGUAAGAGGUGGCCUGACAUUGACCAGCCUUGGCCAGUGGAAGGUACCCUUAAUCCUGAAGUGGUUAAAACAAUGCACGUGCUAGUGUCCACCUAUAAGGCAGAGCAAAAGAAAGGAAAGAAGGGAAAGAAACGGCAAGAAAAGAGACAGAGGGAGCUUAACAUUUUGCACUUGUUUGAGCAGGAGGGGCAGAAAAUGCUAAAAGCCGAUAAGGAGAGAAAAGACAGGAUUGUAGAAGAAAUAAACAAAAAUGUUAAAUCAACAGAAAAAUUGAUGGCAGAAGUGAAUAAACCUUUCUCACACACAACCCCAGUGAAGAGCCCCCCACCGUAUGAGAAAGAGAUUCGGUACACUGAUGUCUAUCCUCAGCUCCCCGUGAUUAAACAGGAGGGCGUGUAUCACAUCAAAGACGAGGAGAAGCAGAUGAUAGAGACAGGAACAGCUAGAACAACUAUAAAAAUGUACCCAAGCAGGAAGAGUAAAACGAAUACAGGUCAUCCAGCAGCUAGGGGUGAACAAAAAUACAGAAAAAUAGAAAUGGGAGAUGAUAGUCAGAGUGAUUCAGAAGAGGCUAUUGGAGGAUACGACCCAGCAGUUAGAAACAUAUUAGCCAGAGCAGAGAAAAGAGGAGGAAAAUCACUGAGGGAAAAAGGGCCAGCAAAAGACACCUCAGAGGAGAGUGAAGAUAAUGAUAGGGAUGAAGAAUCAGACAGUGAAGAGUCUUCAUAUUCCCUUUGGUCAACACCAAGGACUGAAGCUGAGGAGAGGCACAAGGCGUUGAGAAGGAUUGAGAAACGCAUCGACAAAUGCUAUGGCAACCUAAGUAGUGCUACCAGUCCUGAAAAACAUAGAGAAGUGAGGGAAGAAUUAGAAGAGCUACAAAUAAUAAAGAAUGACCUGAAGAAAAAAGGAAGUGAAAAGCCAUCCACUUCAGGGUAUUCCUUACGCCCAAGAAAAGGGGAUAAGCCAGCUGGGAAAAUGUGUCCAGUUAUUGUUCGGGGACAGAAUUUGGAGUACAAGCCUCUGCAAAAUACAGACAUGUCAGACAUUCUUGAAAAGUUACCUACUCUUCAGGAAGGAGCUCACCCUUGGAUUUCCAAGUUAGAGGAAAUUAUGGUGGGAUGGCAGCCUGCUAUGGGAGACAUCAAGAGACUCCUAGCCAGCAUUUUAGGGGUCCCAGCUAUGGAAGAGAUCUUGCAGAGAGCAGGGCUUAACCGGUAUGCAGGGACUGCGGUAAAUGACCCAGAACUGUUUGCUGCAUGUAGAGCUCGGAUGUGGAGAUCACUGAGAGAUGUAUUUCCAACAAAUGUACAUCCAGAUAACAUUAUAAUUGAAUCACUAGGACCACAAGAGAAUCCAAGAGCUUAUGUAUCAAAAGCUCAUCAAAUUUGGAGAAAUAUUACUGGAAACGAUCCAGAUAUGCACCAAAUGGAGCAGUCUAUUUUGCGAGCCAAAAUACAAAAAGGGUUGCCCCAGCCAGUGAUAAAUAAAUUAGAAGAGGUGGUUGGUCUUGGUAGCAUGACAAAAGGGAUAUACACAGACCAUAUAGCACAUCAAGUUGAGUUGUACAGGAAGAAAGAGAACAAGCAGAGAGAGCAUGAUCAUGAGAUCCUGAGACAACUUAACCAGAUACAUUUGGGAGAUAGCAAAAACAAGGAGAAGAAACAAGCUUUGGUUAUGCAGAGCCAAUCUCAAUCAGAGCAGGCAAAAAUGCAACUGCAACAGGAACAUAUGCAGGACCGACCACUCCAGCUGACGCCAGUAGCUCAUUUAGGUUCAUAUGCACAACCAGCCUUCAGUCAGGGGCAGACAUGGAGUGGAAGCGGUGAAGACAGAAACUUCAACCCAAACUUCCACGCAUUUUCAGAAGCAUGUUAUAGGUGUGGACAACUAGGUCAUUAUGCACUUGACUGUUAUUGAGUAGAAGAAAGCUCUAUCAGAGGAAUCAUAAAAGGGCUGAUGGUGACACCUCCAGACCUACUUGGAUUAACGAUUCAGGAGGCCAAAGUUAGCCAAUGAUGCAAGGAGGGAAGUUACAAGAAACAUCAUAAAGGAAUAGGUUUUUGGGCACCACAAAUUUUUGAUUAUGCCAUAAGUAGAUGUACAAUCUAGCUAAAAGAAUAAUGUUUGAUGGGUUAACAGUUGAAGCUUGUCCAACCAAGCAAAAAGAUGCUCAGUAUGUUGCCAAGUUUUUGUGUAGGGAGGUCAUAAGCAGAUGGGGACUUUCAGAGUAAAUAUUCGAAGAUAAUGGAGAAGAGUGUGUGGAUAAAACAGUGAAAUUGAUUUGAAAAACUAAGAAUUGAACACUGUUUAAGAGCUCUGUACCAUCCGCAAAGCCAAGGUAUCUGUGAAAAAACAAAAAAAAUGAAUGGGGUGAUGAGAAACCCUAUGGGUAAGAUUGGCCAACACACAGGUUUACAUUUUGAUGAUGUAAAGGGGAGGUAUUACUACAUGUCAAAACAAAAAUUUAUGUUUUCUGGCAAGGUAUUGCUUAAUGUUUUCAUCCCCAGGACAGCAGUUGGGGAGACCAGCUAAAGAAAGGUGGUUCUCCAGACAUCUAA